CGGUAUAGCGAUAGCCAUGAUUUUCGUGGCCUUUAUAAUUUUCAUAUUUAUUGUUCGAAUCAUUCAAUAUCCUCAUCUUCGCCAACAAAUUAUCGAUCAUAUAACUAGUAAAAGUACUCGAAGCAUUCACACAAGAAUACUUAAGAUGAUAGUUUUCUUCCUCUUUACUGCUGGGUUAUUAGGACUCACGUUCUACAGUAUCUAUAAAAUGAUACAUGAUCCCCCAAACGUACUACCAGCAACGUUUGAAUCGAACACAAUUUCUCCAUCCAUACUUUUUUGCUCAAGCACAGAUAGUGAACUUAUAUUUCUUUCAGCAGAUUAUCAUGACAGUUUUAAUGGAUUUAAUGAUAUUGAACUUUUUAUGGAACGUAAGAAAUCCUACAGUUUAAACGACGGAUUUAGUAUUAUUACAGGAAAUAAUGGACGAUGCCACUUUUUUGAUGGUAGAUUAUCAUCGAAGCCAAAGGAUACUAUUGGAGGAUAUUAUCACAUACAAUUUCAGAGCAAUAAUUCUACCAGUAUUGUUAUUUUUAUUGGUGACACUCACGAUAAGAUGGACUGGACGCUCCUCAUUCCUGAAGGAAACAUAUUUAAUGAUGUAGGAGUUGAAAUAUUAAAUGAUGGUGGGAUUCUCCAAUAUACAGAGGACCGUCGACAAGUUUUAGAUGGAAGUUACACAUAUCGAAGCUUCGAAACUUUCAUUAUAAAAAAUGCUUUUGAUGUUAUCCAAGUUGAUGAGCAGGUAAUAUCGAUUGGAAUAAUAGCGCCGAAAAGGGUUAUAAAAGAGGUUGAAGCACCAUCCUUCAAACUAGCAGACCUUUUCAGUAAUAUAGGUGGAUACCUUUCAAUUUGGGUAAUAUUUGCCUUUCUCUUUGGUGGUAAAAGAGCGAAUCCAUUCGGAUUUGUAACACGGUUUGUAUUCAUAAAGCAGGAUAGGGAGAAACUUUUAAAGGAAUUAGAAAAAAUGAAAAAUGAUAGAAAAUCGAAGAUAAGUACUUUGGAAAGAGAGGUUGAUAAUGCUACUGAGACGAAUAGUCCCAGCAAUCAAGAUGAACUAAGGAACCUGCUUGCAAGAUACUAUGUUGACAUGGAUUUUUACGAACAUGCUAUCAAGUCACUUGGCGUGUAAUUAAAUAUAUUAAAAUAUUAAAUUAAUAGAAACAUAUAAAGA